ACUUAGUUAGUAGCAAGUGGCAACUGGCAAUUAAAAAAAUAGAUGUGAAUAAAAAUGGUGGUUUGUAAGUUUGUAAAUUAAAUACGAUAUUUAAUAAUAAAUAAAUAAUUGUUACGGUUAUGAUAAGUUGAUAUAAAGAAUAAUGUCUACUCCGGUGUCGAAUCGUAAAUAUGGAGCUCUAAAAAUUCGACUAACAAUUCUGUGCGCAAGAAAUUUGGUUCGGAGAGAUUUAUUUCGAUUGCCUGAUCCAUUUGCAAAAAUAUCAGUAGAUGGCAGUGGUCAAGUUUACUCUACAAAUGCUGUUAAAGCUACAUUGGAUCCAAAAUGGAAUACACAUUAUGACCUAUAUCUAACUAAAGGUGAUGGAAUUACUAUAAGUGUAUGGAAUGAGCGUAAAAUUCACAAACGACAGGGUUCUGGUUUUCUUGGUUGUGUUCGUAUUCUGCCCUCUACAGUACAUAAAUUAAAAGACACAGGAUAUCAAUGUCUUGAACUGUGCGAAGACAAUUCGGGAGAGACAUGUGGAGUACGAGGUCAAGUUAUUGUAUCUUUGCUAUCUCGUGAUGGUGCGAGAGGAGAACCUGCAUCCGCCGCUGGGGAAGGGUCACCACUAGCUGUGGUAGGCCCAGCUGGCGAUGUACGUGCACCCAGAGACCCACCAGUUAAUUCUAGCAGUUCAAAUUUACCACUGCCUCCACAUUGGGAAGAAAGAUUUACAUCCAGUGGCAGGCCGUACUAUGUAAAUCACGCGUUGCGUCGUACACAAUGGGAUCGUCCUGCUGAACAAAAUCCUGCAUCACCUCCACCAACUUCUACACCACCUUCAUCUCCUUCACCAGCACCUACUAGUCCUGUCACACCCACCACUCCACUGUCACCUGCUUCUCCAUCCUCACCCAUAUCAGAAAAUGAUGUCAGCCAUGCAGCUUCCAUAUCAUUGAGACCAGAACCUCAACCACAGACAGCAGUUCGAAGUCGACAGCCUCCAACAACGGCAACCCCCGUAACGCCCAUAGCAGCCACAGAUCUACCACCUGGAUAUGAGAUGCGAACGACGGCUCAGGGUCAAGUGUACUUCUACAACAGCGUGACGGGCGCGUCGACGUGGCACGACCCGCGCGUGCCGCAGCACCUGCGCCACCACUCGGCCGCGGCCGGCCCGCUGCCGCCCGGCUGGGAGAUGCGCCACGCGCCGUCCGGCCGCCCCUACUUCGUGGACCACAACAACCGCACCACGCAGUUCACCGACCCCCGCCUCGCGCUCUCAGCGCGCCUCACCCCACCUACAGAAACAGCCCCCCCAGCAACUUCCAGCCCGCCGCCAGCUGCCCCGACGCCUACUCCUGCCAGUAGCGAACCACCUGACUCUGACGCUUUACCGAAAUAUAAACGCGACUUAGCAGCCAAGGCUCGGGUCCUGCGUGCCGAACUGCAGGCUCUGCAGCCACAAACUGGACAUUGUCGAAUUGAAGUAUCACGUAACGAAGUACUGGAAGAAUCGUACCGACUCGUGAUGAAGUUACGAGGCAAAGAGUUGCGAAAACGAUUACUAGUGAAGUUUCGCGGUGAAGAAGGGUUGGACUAUGGGGGUGUUGCCCGAGAAUGGCUACAUUUAUUAGGAAGGGAAUUAUUUAAUCCCCACUAUGGACUUUUUCAAUAUGCAAAUUCCGGGGACGACAGAUACGCAUUACAAAUCAAUGCUGAUUCAGGGGUAAACCCUGAGCAUUUAUCAUACUUCCACUUUGCGGGUCGUAUAUUGGGAGUAGCGUUGUUUCACGGACAUCAACUAGACGCAGCCUUCACAGCUCCUUUCUACAAACAGUUGCUGGGCAGGCCAAUUACAUUACGAGAUAUACGUGAUGUAGAUCCUGAACUACAUCGAUCAUUGUCUUGGAUGUUGGAAAAUAGUAUAGCUGGAGUCAUCGAUACAACCUUUUCUGUCGAGUGUUCAUCAUUCGGAGCUGUACGAAGCGUGGAAUUAAGGCCGGGUGGUACCAACGAACCUGUAUCGGAUGCGAAUAAACGAGACUACGUAAGACUAUACGUCGCUCAUAGAUUCACACGAGGUGCUGAACGUCAAUGGCUGGCCUUACAGCGUGGACUCGCAGAUAUCAUUCCACCUCAGCUCCUUCGACCGCUGUCUCCACGAGACCUGCAGCCCUUGCUCGCCGGUAGAGCCGACCUCGACCCGGCGGACUGGCGUCGUCAUACUCGUUUAAAGCAUGUUAACCCAGAUGCGCCAAUCGUUGGUUGGUUCUGGGAAAUAGUGGAAGAAUUUGACGCUGAAAUGCGGGCUAGGCUUUUGCAAUUCGUGACUGGUUCAAGAAGAGUUCCACUCGCAGGAUUCCGUGCUUUGCAAGGUUCCACGGGAGCAGCUGCUCCGAGAUUAUUUACCCUUCAUUUGGUAGCUGAUGCCUCACCGGAUUCGCUGCCAAAAGCUCACACUUGUUUUAAUCGUCUCGAUCUUCCACCAUAUCCAACUAAAGAGAAAUUGCACGACAAACUAAAACAAGCUGUUCUAGAAACUGCUGGAUUUGCCGUUGAAUGAUAUUAUACACUUAUUUGGCUCUGAUAUUUGUGUUCUAUAUUUGUACAUGCUGCAUGCUGUAUUGAUACGGCUGUAUCAUUUUAUUAAGACGAAAGACGUAAACGAAAAAGAAUAAGCAAUUUAUGAGACUGAAGUAACAGGAUUGAUUGUAUUUUGACAUGACAAAAUUAAAAAAGAAAUUUGCAUAAAAUAGACGAAAAGUCUGAUAAUAAUAUACUGUAUACAAGAGUUUACACUAAUAAAUCAAUUAUAGCUUUGUUAAAGAAAUAUAUUACCCGUAGUAUAAUAUAAUAUACACCUUACAGUUAAGAAGUACUUCCAUUAUUUUUAACUUAUUAUUAAAGAUGUACUUUUCGAAGUUAUUUAUUAUCUGGUUGAGUUUUAAAAUCAUUUGUACCGGAAAAAAAAACAUUACCAUUUUUUGCAUUUGAAGAAUGUUUCAAGCACUGUUUAAGUCUUGCUAAUACUUAUAAUGUGCAAUGCUCAAAUAAAAGUAUACUUUCAAUUCUUAGUUAUAAGAAACGCUUUAUUGUGUAAUUAUAUAAAAAAAUAUCGAAAUUCUCAUUUCUAUAUAUUCGUUAAAAAAACCAACUAUAUAAUUGAAACAAUUGUCAAAAAUUUCUUACAAAUAUUGUCUGCUUGUACAUGAUUUUAGUAACUUAAUCAUAAUCAAUGUUUAAAAUUUGUAGUAAUGAUUCCAUAUGGCCUGAUAAUUGACUUCAAACAACUAACUUAUACAUAGUAGAUAGAACAUUUUUUGUAACGAUCAUAAUGUUUAAAUCGGUGAUCGUGUUUAAGAUAAUAUAACCGUGUUAUUGUUUGUCACUGGUUGUUGCAGUACAAAGCACAAGUGAUGUGUUCUGUUACAAGGUAUUAAAUUAAUUUUAAUACUAAGUUAUUGGAUUUGAGGUAAUUGCUAGUAAGGUGCCUUAUUAUUUGAAAACAGGAAUUAUAAAUAUAAUAUGUAUAUACUUUUACAAUUAACAAAUUAAUUAUUCAGUUUAGGUAAUUAUUUAAUUUACUUUACAUUUAUUCAACAAUUUUACAUAAGCAUAGUCAUAAAUGUAUCAUUGUAAAAAAAUAUUUUAAUGAGGUGACAUGAGUUUAUAUUCAAUAUUUAUAACAAGAAUGAGUGCCUUUACCUAUUAAAUAACAACAUAGACUUAGCUUUAGAAAAGUAUGACUGUUAGAUAUUAUGUAAAAUGAUUUAAUGGUAACAAACUUGCAUCAAAAUAAACUAUGAU